AUUUUAAGAAAAUGUAGAACUAUUUAAGAAUAAUUGAAAAUACAAAUACAUUUUCGCAUUUCCUUUUCUCGCUUCUGUUCUGUGACUGUGAAGCCAUCGAAUCUUCUGCUUCUACUUCUUUUUCCGCUAACCUUUUGGAACAUUGUUGUGUUCAGAAAAGGGUGAAUUUUUUUCUGAAACAUCAAUUUUUGGCUUCACCAAAAAUGGUGCAGGGUGUGUCAUUGACCACUCUAGCAACAUGUGGAAAGAGUAGAAUCUAUGGUUCUUCACCCUUUGAGAGAUUUAAAAGAUCGCAUGUUACGUCUGCCGAUGGAAAACACUUGAUUUGGAACAAGUGUGUGCAGAGAUUAGGCUUAGUUGGGUACCCUUUUGUGUCGAGAGGAAGGAGUGAUUUUAAGGUUGAAGCGGGAUGGAUGUUUAGAGGAGGAGGAGGAGGAGGAGAACAAGGGUUGGAUGCAAGUGUAGAGCAGAGUGAAAGUGCUAAUGAGGAUGUCUUGAUGUUCUUCUUUCAGCUCGAUUUAGCCACAAGAGUGCAGUGUGCUUUAAACAUGGAAGAGUAUGACAUUGCGCAGCAGCUGCGAAACAAACUUGCUGAGGUGGAAGAAGAGGUAAUCAAGCAACAACAGUCAAAAAGGGGACUGUCUUCAAAAAGUGAAGCACAAGAUAAAGGUCUAAGUAUUAUACGUAUUCGUUCAGACCUUCAGAGUGCUAUCGAGAAUGAGGACUAUGCCUUGGCUGCUAAAUUACGUGAUGAAAUUUCCAAACUUGAAGCAGAAUCUCUGGCUGCAUCAGCUAAAGCCUUAGCACAUGAAAAUGCACAAUAUGAGUUUCGUUUGGGGCAGAAAGUAAAGCAUAAAAUAUUUGGCUAUAGAGCUAUAAUUGUAGGAAUGGAUCCAGUAUGCAGUGAAUCAAAUUCAUGGAUGGAAAACGCGCAGGUUAAAAAGUUGUCUCGUGGUUCCACUCAACCGUUUUAUCAGGUUCUUGUUGACGUACGUGCUGAACCAGAUCUACUGGUAGCAUAUGUUGCAGAGGAGAAUCUUUUAAUACCUGACAAACCAGACAAAGGAAGAUUUGAUCACCCUUACAUGUCGUUUCUGUUCUAUGGAAUGGAUUCAGCUGGCGAUUUCAUCCCUAUAAAGCAACUGCGGGAGAAGUACAAUAAACCACGCCACGAAAUACCCUUUGACCCACCGACUGAUGAAGAUGGAAAGAAACCUUAAAAGACUCUAUGCAAUGCUCAUGCCUGCUUCUGGUGAUUUGAGAUUGAAAAUUUUGAAAUGAUAUAUUGAAAGAAUUGGCCGGAUCGCAAUGGAGAAAAGUAGAAAACUUAUUGACCUGAAAGCAUUCCUUGAGUGAGGUAAUUGACAUUAGACAUUACACUUUGUUGCAUGUUUUCAUUCUGUAGUGACUACUGAAGCCUGCCUUCAUCAUAUGUCUGUACAUAAUGUUAAUUAGAAAAAGUUACCUAUUAUUUCUAUCCUAAAAUGGCAGAGGUUGUGUUUAUAAUUGAGCAUGUUACUCUAUACACAACAAAAUCCAGUAGUAUAUAUAACCUUCAGUGUAUUGGAAUAAUAGAGUAUGCAAAUAAAUUUCUUUUUAGUUA